CUUGAGAGUCUCGUAUUGCCGCCUCCGUGCCUUCUUUACACCUUAAUAAAUUGAUAAUAGCCAAUCAACGAAGCUAAACGCGCGUAAGAUAGCGCUGAGGAAGGUACCCAACAGCACCAGGUACUAGGUACCUAUUCUUUGCACGCCCACCGACUUGUGUUAGCAAUCAUUUGGCAGGGUUCACAUUGAAGAUCUCAAGAAUCGAAAUAUCCCACGCUCCCAUUUAACCUUCUAAUGAGUCUUUUUUAUUCCCUCCUCAAAAAUACAUGUCUAACUCACAUACAGUAAUUACCGUGGCAUUACUAUGAUACCCUUAUUCUAAUUAUCUAACCGAGCUGUAAUUGGUUGGUUUCUUUUGCCGUUGCGAUAGGUGUAAAUGGGCGACAUCAUCCCCUCCGAAACCAUUUGACGUCACGGCCCUUGUCUAGUUUGUCUGGUUAGGUAGGGAUUUCAUUUUUGCUUUUGAAUCGGGUGAUCCGAUAGAGAGUUCGAUAAUCAGUCUUGCGCGCCUCUUUUCUCUUCUGCGCCAGAGUCUACUAGAAGUCGACAUGGCGCAAUUGAGUGCGGAUUUACAAGAAAAGCUGGACGAAUUGGAAAGGGAGUUGGAGGAAGGUGAUAUUACAGAAAAGGGCUUCCAAAAACGACGGACCCAGCUACUUUCUCAAUAUAUCAGUCCGAGUACUUUAACUAGAGCGACAGGGGGCUUACGAAUACAUUCGCCCGAUGAUGAUGACGGUCCUACUUCAAGCGAGGGGCAUCGCGACGCUGCAUACGCCGCCCUAAACACCACCAACCUCGAUCCUAACGAACCCUAUUCCCCUUCGACCAUUACAUCUCCUGUCGAUUGGCGACCCCAAUCGUCCGGGCCACUUAGCACCGGUUCCUCCCAUGGCACCGAACAUCCGGCUGGGUUGCUAAGGCCAGGUGGCCCCAUGGCUGAACAACGUCCGACUUUGACACAACGCGAUUCUCUGUUCCUAGGUCCGACUGCUGGCUACGCGCAACCAAUGGGCUCCGACCCUCCCACGCGCUCGGGAACGAUGGUCUCAGGAGAUUAUGCCUUCAAGCCAGAGCACCAAUCGGGAUAUGGACAACAGCCACCAAACGCGUACGGCAGUCGAACUGGAACCAUGUUAGAUUCCCAAGUAUAUUUUUCCGACUUUGCUGGUCAACAGUCUUAUGAUCAGGGUACCGGCGGCGAAUACGGUGGGGGGGUUCACAGAUACUCGUCUAGCGAUGCCUUCUCACCCACUGCUGCGAUGGCCCCGCCUAUGCUCACCGCGAACGAUUUGCCUCCACCCGAAGCGUUAGAGUACCAGAUGCCCUUAGAACCGCGAGAAGUACCAUUCGCCAUCCACGAUCCACAUGAUGAGAAUACAGCCAUGUCUGCAUUUGACAACAUCGCAGCUGUAUUGAGACACAGGGGGCGCACUAAUGGAAAACUUCCAGCCUACUGGGUUCUUGAUAGUCGAGGAAAAGAGAUAGCGUCUAUCACUUGGGAUAAGUUGGCAUCUCGAGCGGAGAAAGUAGCCCAAGUCAUUCGCGACAAGAGUUCUCUAUAUCGUGGCGAUCGAGUCGCUCUUAUUUAUAGGGAUUCGGAAAUCAUAGAUUUCACUAUAGCGCUUCUGGGUUGCUUUAUCGCAGGUGUUGUGGCAGUCCCUAUCAAUGACUUGCAAGACUACCCAAAGCUCAACCUCAUCCUUACUUCUACACAGGCUCAUCUGGCUCUAACUACAGACAACAAUUUGAAGUCCUUCCAGCGAGAUAUUACCAUGCAGAAGCUUAAUUGGCCUAAGGGAGUCGAGUGGUGGAAAACCAAUGAAUUCGGAAGUUACCAUCCGAAGAAGAAGGACGAUGUGCCCCCUUUGUCUGUACCUGAUCUAGCAUAUAUCGAGUUUUCUAGAGCACCCACAGGAGACGUUCGAGGUGUCGUGCUAAGCCAUCGCACGAUUAUGCAUCAGAUGGCCUGUCUUAGUGCCAUAGUUCAGGUCGUUCCUAGCGGACAAGGGGACACAUUCAACCGCGCCCUUCGCGAUAAAAAUGGACGCCUAAUAGGAGGGGGUGCCAGCAGCGAGAUUCUUCUUUCAUACCUUGAUCCUCGCCAAGGUAUCGGAAUGAUCUUGGGUGUGCUUCUCAAUGUCUAUAGUGGGCAUACGACUGUGUGGGUAGAGAAUAAGGCGGUAAAUUCACCGGGUCUCUACGCUCAUCUUAUUACUAAAUAUAAGGCUACGCUUAUGGUUGCCGAUUACCCUGGCCUAAGAACUGCAGCCUUUAAUUACCAACAAGAUCCUAUGACAACACGGAACUUCAAGAAGGGUACAGAACCAAAUUUUCAGCAUGUCAAGCUGUGCCUGAUCGAUACUUUGACUGUGGAUAGCGAGUUUCAUGAAGUGUUAGCCGAUCGAUGGCUUCGACCACUGCGAAAUCCUAGAGCUAGAGAAGUUGUUGCACCGAUGCUUUGCUUGCCCGAGCAUGGCGGUAUGGUAAUAAGCAUUCGGGAUUGGUUAGGAGGAGAGGAACGCAUGGGAUGCCCGUUGAAAUUGGAUAUCGAUACCGACUCAGAAUCAGAAACCGACAAGGACGAAGAAAAAGAGAAGGAUAAAGAAAAGGAGAAAGAGAAACCAUCCAAUGGUUUUGGCAGUCUCCUUGGUGGUGGUACAACUACCUUGAAAGAACAAGACGCAAAGAAGGAUCUUGGUGAGGUAUUGUUAGACCGAGAGGCGCUGAAGACGAACGAGGUAGUCGUUUUGGCCAUAGGCGAUGAAGCGCGAAAGAAGGCGGUCACCGAACCAGGUACCGUUCGAGUUGGCGCAUUUGGAUAUCCCAUCCCCGAUGCCACUCUUGCUGUUGUUGAUCCCGAAACGGGGUUGCUUUCUUCGCCUCAUUCCAUAGGAGAAAUAUGGGUCGAUUCCCCAUCUUUAUCCGGAGGUUUCUGGGCGUUACCUAAACAUACAGAGCAGAUUUUCCAUGCCAGACCUUACAAAUUUGAACCGGGAGACCCGACACCUACCCCUGUAGAGCCCGAGUUUCUUAGGACCGGUCUCCUUGGAACCGUGAUCGAGGGCAAAAUAUUUGUCCUCGGACUGUACGAAGACCGGAUCCGACAGAAAGUUGAAUGGGUUGAGCAUGGCCACGAGAUCGCCGAACAUCGAUACUUCUUCGUGCAACAUAUCGUCGUCAGCAUCCUCCGGAACCUGAACAAGCAGGUAUUUGAUUGUUCCGCGUUUGAUGUAUUCGUCAACGAUGAGCAUCUGCCGAUAGUGGUACUGGAGUCAUCGGCAGCCUCAACUGCUCCGGCAACAUCAGGUGCUCCGCCUAGGCAGCUGGACACCGCGUUGUUGGACACACUCUCGGAAAGGUGUAUGGACGUCCUAAUGCAAGAGCAUCAUCUCAGGGUUUACUGUGUCAUGAUAACGGCACCAAACUCCCUACCCCGAGUAACAAAGAACGGCCGACGAGAAAUAGGGAACAUGUUGUGCCGUAGGGAGUUCGAUCUUGGCAAUCUUCCCUGUGUUCAUGUCAAGUUUGGUGUCGAACAUGCGGUGCUAAAUCUGCCUAUCGGCGUAGAUCCUAUGGGUGGUAUAUGGUCGAACGUAGCGUCGGGUUUUCGGGCUAACUUUCUUGGACCUGCCGACAAACAGUAUUCUGGAAUCGAUAGGCGUGAGGUUGUCAUUGACGAUCGCACAUCAACUCCGUUGAAUAACUUCUCCAGCAUCACAGACCUCAUCCAAUGGCGAGUAGCACGCCAACCAGAAGAGCUCUCUUACUGCACUAUUGACGGUAGAGGUAAAGAAGGUAAAGGUAUCACAUGGAAGAAGUUCGACCUAAAAGUUGCUGCGGUAGCUCUGUAUCUUCGUAACAAGGCUAAGAUACGGGCACGCGACCACGUUAUGCUGAUGUAUACGCAUUCCGAAGACUAUAUCUUCGCCGUCCACGCCUGCAUCAAUCUUGGUGCCGUGAUCAUACCAACUGCGCCUAUGGAUGAGCGACGACUAAAUGAGGAUGUGCCAGCAUUCCUCCAUCUUAUCAAUGACUAUGGUGUUAAGGCUGUCCUGGUCAACAGCGAAGUAGAUCAUCUACUCAAGUCGAAGGCUGUCUCCCAGCAUGUCAAGCAAUCCGCCCAGUUUCUCAAAAUCAGUGUUCCCAGCGUAUACAACACCUCAAAGCCACCAAAACAAAAUAACGGACUUCGAGAUCUCGGCGUCACUAUAGAUCCUGCCUGGAUACAGUCGGGAUAUCCGGUUGUGAUUUGGGCAUACUGGACGCCAGACCAACGCAGAAUUUCGGUACAACUCGGUCACGACACUAUUCUAGGAAUGUGCAAGGUUCAAAAGGAAACUUGCCAGAUGACCAGCUCUAGACCUGUCCUUGGUUGCGUCAGGAGUACGACGGGUUUGGGCUUCAUCCACUCGUGUCUAAUGGGCAUCUAUAUAGGCACACCUACUUACCUGCUCUCCCCGGUAGAAUUUGCGCAGAACCCCAUUUCGUUAUUCUUAACGCUUAGUCGCUACAAGAUCAAGGACACUUACGCAACACCCCAGAUGCUGGACCACGCUAUGAACACAAUGCCCGGCAAAGGCUUCACGCUACACGAGUUGAAAAACAUGAUGAUCUCAGCCGACGGCAGACCUCGUGUCGACGUAUUCCAGAAAGUCAGACUUCACUUUGCAUCUACUGGACUCGACAGGACAGCCAUCAAUACCGUAUAUUCACAUGUAUUAAAUCCAAUGGUCGCGUCGCGGUCAUACAUGUGUAUUGAACCCAUUGAGCUUUGGCUCGACCAACGAGCUCUCCGUAGAGGGCUGAUUGUCGAUGUGGGUCCUGACUCAGAGACGAAGGCUCUAUUGGUUCAAGACUCCGGCAUGGUACCAGUCUCCACUCAAAUAGCCAUUGUAAACCCUGAGAGCCGACUUCUUUGUACUGACGGAGAGUACGGCGAGAUUUGGGUUGAUUCGGAAGCAUGCGUGAAGGCGUUCUAUGGGUCCAGAGAUCCCUUUGACGCCGAACGCUUUGACGGGCGUACUAUCGACGGCGAUCCCAACAUUAGUUACGUCCGAACCGGUGACCUCGGCUUCCUGCAUAACGUCAGUCGGCCUAUUGGACCGAACGGGGCGCAAGUAGAUAUGCAGGUUCUCUUCGUACUAGGAAACAUUGGCGAAACCUUCGAAAUCAACGGGUUGAGCCAUUUCCCGAUGGAUAUCGAAGCCUCGGUCGAGAGAUCUCAUCGCAAUAUCGUACCCGGUGGCUGCGCUGUUUUCCAAGCAGGUGGCCUUGUGGUCGUUCUAGUCGAGGUUUCGCGAAAAGCAUAUCUCGCAUCCAUUGUCCCAGUCAUCGUAAAUGCUAUCUUAAACGAGCAUCAAAUAGUUGUCGACAUAGUCGCAUUCGUGAAUAAGGGUGAUUUCCCUCGCAGCCGUCUUAGUGAGAAGCAACGAGGCAAGAUCUUGGCCAGCUGGGUCACUCGGAAGAUGCGCACAGUUGCUCAGUUUGCGAUCCGCGACCCGGAUUCUGGUAGUGUAGAAGGCGGCGACGGCACGGUAGAGAAUCACCGUGCUAGUGUGGGUAGCGUUCGGAGCAGCAAUGCACCUGGGGCUAGUUCCCUAAGAAAUAUGGAGCAUGCGCCACAAAUACUGGAACAAGAAGAGCUAGACCAUCAAAUGAACAAAAUGUCGGCUCUGCCUCAAUUAGCCGAGCUCUCCGGUAGCAGUGGAGCGUCGACCAUGGACAUCCGGCCGACUACGAGCAGCAGUUUCAGAUUACCAGAGGUCGGACAAUACGGCGACGGGACGGGGCCACAAAUACAACGACGGCCCCUGCCUCCACAGAUUCGCCUACCGAGCAUCGAAGGUCAUGGGUCACAGGGCGAGAAUAUGUGGGAUCCUGCACGGGUUCCAAGUCGAGGCCGAGAAGAGGAUGAGUGGCAACGCGACGCUCUGAUGCACAUGAACUUGGCCAAUCAGAUGCCGCACGAUGCUUAUCCGAGGCAGGACUAGUGGUCUAAGGCUUCAGAGCGGAGGGCUUUCUAUAGGGAUUUCAAGGGAGUAAGGGAUAAACCCUACUAC